CCGCAUCAUACGGGAGUGGCCGCAGAGGACUACGAUCGUCGGUGCAAGAACAAAACGAAUAAUCUGCUGCUACAAGCAGCCAGCCGGACAGACAAAUGACCAGCGCGAUCGCAGUUGCGUAUUAACGCGUGCGUGUGUGUGUGUCUGUGUGUGUCUCUGUGUCUGUGUGAAAGUGAUCGAGCCGAACGGUUAGUUGUGAAUGAAACAGAAGGUACUCUUUUCUCUGCUGCGUGCAAACACAGCAGCGGUAGUCCCAGAAACAACGGCAAAGCAGGUGCCGAAUGCAAACAGGCUGCUGACUGCAGCUCUAUCUUUGUAAUCGUAACGGCAAUCGCUGCCACCACCGUUGCCGCUGCUACCGCCUCCAUAUACUUAGGCAAGACCAAAGCAGUUACAACAGCAGAGGCCGCGCGUACAACUUGUGCGCGUAUAGGUGCGAGGCCACUGAUUAUGAGCAGACGGCUCUUGUGGGCAUGUGGGAUCGAGAGGAAUAGAGUGGGGUGUGCGUCCAUGACUUCAGCUGUCGCUCGAAGCGACCGCCACCUAGGAGUUCGAUACUACUAUUGCGACGACGACGACGACGACGACAACUGUCGUGGUUAUUCCUUCGACUUUGUUUGUAGCUUCAUUCUCUUUUUGGGCGUAAGCGUCGAUUCAUCUAUACGUGUAUAAGCCUUGAAACAAAUCCGUGGCGUAUCGCAUUGCCAGAGUGCACUUAGAAAGCGACAGGCGGUGAACCGAAUUGAACAACCGCAGCGGCGUCUGUUCAGAUACAAACAGGCGAUUUCUGGUCUCUCUAACUGCUCCUGCUGCUGCUGCUGCUGCUACGUGGCCUGCUGUUUGAGAUUCCGUGCAUUCAUGUGCUAGCGUCAAAUACACAGGGAGAAAAGAGAUAUUCCCAGCACCAGCUGGGCGUCAACUAGUCCUUUGCUAGUUUUCCUACAACUGGUUUGUUGACGGAAGACUAACGUUAUUGUUGAACCGUGAGCGCGGAACGCGCGGCAAGACGCGACCGCCAACGGUAUCGUUCGGCGCAAUCAAGCACUUUCUUUCUCACCGUUCAUUUUGUCCAUUCGACGAUUUGUCUGGUUCAAUACAUUAUUGUGAUUCAGGAAAUUAAGCUAAAUCCAGAUCCCAAAGAGGCCGGUGACUUAUACAGUAGAGCUGUGCGAAAAAGUUUUUGUGUUUGCUCUGAACAACGGGCCUCGUUCUAAUUGUUAGAUUUGAUUGUUAUUGUUGUCGAUGAUUGACCGAUCUUCCGACGGCGCUGCGCAUGGCCUGACACUGUGUUUGUUGCGAGAGUAGCGCACUGUUUCAAACCAAUCGCACGGCCGUGUCACGCUAUAGUGGUGUCCACGCAUCCACCGGUUAGACGUGUGUGUCCCGCAAUCACGCAACGCGACCAGGCUAAGGCAAAGCUAGGGUCGCACACAGGCCUCAGGACUCGAUAUGUUAUCGCGAUAUUCUCGCGAGAUUGCGAGACUCAUCGUUAGUGAGGACAGUGAAUAUCGACGGACGCCGGAAACACGCUUACGAAUGAAGCUCAUGAUCAUAGACUAACACAUUAUUCGAGCUAUCGUUGUUGGUGCAUUCAUUCUGUCGGUUCGUGCAGAGUAACAGUGGCAGAAAAAAGUAGAGCGUCCACAAAUUGCCUACAUCAGACAAGUGCGUUCCAAGUCCAGGAACAGCCGCAACAAUGUCAGCUACGAUAAAAAUUACAGCGGCAUAUAAACGUAAUAAAAGUCAUAAAAUAUUAAUAAUUACAUUACCAUAUAAUUAACAGGAAGUGGUAUAACUGUGGGUCAAGGCACGACAACAACGGUACUACGCAAAGAAGCCAGUCAUCGUUAUACCGUCGGAUACACCUGCCGAGCAAGGUGUCUUAUGGGUCACAGUAGUAGUAGUUUAAGUAUUACGAUUCUAGUUGGCUGCCUAGACCAGUCAGCUACUGCCUUCUACACAAGCGAUACCUAGAAGCGGUGGCGUCAUCACCGGGCCGAUCGGGAGUACAGGCCGUCAAUACUGCGUCGAAUUCUGUCGACGAGCCGGACUCGUUCGUACCUCGUCGGGAGGAUCCGGGUAGUUUCGUAAGUCGUAAGGACAACCCACAGAGCGUCCUGUCUCAUCUACUUAAUAGUAUUCCCCUGGCACAAUUUAAGGGACAUUCUGUUUAUCCAAUACAGCAGCGUUGCCAAUUAUAUUAGCGAACCCAAUAGAGUAUUUCUUGUUGAAAGAUAGCCAAUGUAUUUAUAUUAACUAGUACUAAUUUGGCUGUUAGAAAUCCGUGCUGGUGGUCUAGAAUUUCCUGGGGUAGCAUACCGCCGUCGAGCGCACUGUUUCCGUUCUACUAAUGGCUCGAUUUACCUUUUGAGGUUAGCACUGUCCUGCAAGUUGGUUUGCUUGAGACUAGUUGGUCGCGAGUCUGAUAGACGAGGGGUGGUAGCCCGAUCCUAAACACUUGAUCCCUGACCAGCUGUCGUACGACUGGCGAGUGCGUUUGCUUAAUCGCAGCACCUCUACAAGAGAUCACCGUGUGACAAAUUCGAAGUGUAUUUUACUUUUGAUGCUGCUAUUAAUACUGUGUUCCUGAUCGUGGGGCAAGUAGCGUUAGCCCUUAAGAGAUAAAAGAGCAUUAUCACAACAACAAGUGCUGCUAUCUUGGUGUGCUAGCGGCGACACUGCCGGUGCGACGCUGUUAUCGGCGUUUAGUCGGUGUUGCUACCAAAACUGGUGCUAUCCCAGAGGAAAAAUAGAAAGUGCGGGUGAGCUACUGAGCGGUGUGACGACUGAAAUCAGUUGAGCCCAACAUCGAGGAAGCGAACACUUGCUAGACCGACGGAUGAAGUGACAGACCCCGAGAACCGUAGUCGCUUCAAGCGUCGCCGAUAACCACGACAGCAGCCAGUAGCUGCAAUUUUAGCCUGUACGCUCUCAGCUGAACUGCUACGACAGGAGCAACAUAAAUAAACAAAAAGAGGAGAAUCCUAGCCAUCCGAAGCAAACCGAACCAUAGCAAAAUACCCCAUUCAACAUUGACACAGCAGCAACAGGCUCUACAGCUUGCGUACUUGAGCAGCUCGCGUCCGUCGUUGUCGUCGUCAUCAUCGUCGUUUGUCGCCCGCUGAGCUGCGCCCUGUUUUGACGUUUUUCGUCCGUUCGUUCGUUCGUUCGUUCGUUCGCCUUAUUGCCGUUCGCCGCUGAUGUAUGGUAGCUGAAUCUGUUGCAUGAGUGCGGGAUAAAGAGUAAAAGAGCGCCAGAGAGUCAUUGAGAGCGGCUGAGGAGCGCUGAGUGAGUGAGUGAGUGAGUGAGUGAGUGAGUGAGUGAGUGAGUGAGUGACUGACUGACUGACUGGCUGGCUGGCUGGCUGGCUGACUGACUGACUGACUAACGAACGAACGGCGCACCGAAAGCGCUGCCACCGCACCACUACGCUAGCACUAGUUACUACCGGCGAGUCGCACUAUUCGUGUAGUUGCUGUCUUCCCCGCUGUCGUUUGUUGUUUGAGGCGGCACACGCUCGGUCGGUCGCUGUGCUGCAGAUAGAAGAAAGCAGCAGCCAGCGGUGGCGGCAAGUGAUCCAGCCAUCCAGCUACUUGUUAGUCUGUGACCAGCCAGCGGCGAUUGAGCGGUACAGCCGGGUGUUGGCCGCGGACAGAGCUGCAGGGCGUUUGCGUCCGUCGUAUGCUGUGUGUCACUUUGACUAUUGACGAUUGAGAAGCUCAGAAGCAACUUCAUACAGCACUUAGCUGACGCCAGGUCGAAGUUGAUAAAAAAAAAAUAGAUAAAGAAAAAUAGGGAAAAGGAAAGCCAUCAGACUACAAUUACCGCUAGCUCUGCGGUAAAGCAACGAACGUGCAGUAAUUUGUGCUUGUCACCAGUACGAGUGCACUGUGUUUGAUUCACCAUUGUCGCCGUAAGCUCUACGAUCAUACAUUAACACGUGAUUAAUCGUAGCAACAACUGUACAAUAUACGGCCUUUUGGACCAAUUUUCUGGCAAAAGCAAAAGUAAAGACGUGAGCACAUGGAUGCGUGUACAGUGUAGAGAGCGUGCAGUCAACCUAACCAAGGUUGGAAUAACAAAAGGAGUAACUGGUCCGUCAAAGCGUUCGUAUUAAGACAAGUGCGUCCUUUUCGCAUUGAGCUGGAUCGUUAACGAAACCCAUCGAGGAGUAAAAGGCAAAAUCUGCUUGACCACUGUGAAUCCUGCUGCGUUUUUCUACCGCGGCUGUCUAACAGGGAACCAGAGAAAGUGGAGGAUCUGUUCCCGCGCGGACGUACCACGUAGAGUGAAUGAUGUUCUUGCAGAAAUAAUCGUCAUUGCUGUUUUCAUGAUUAUUACUGUAAUCGACACAAGCUACAGCUUGAAGAACGAGGAACGAAGUCGCUAAAGUUCCGAUCAUAGAAGUGCUGUCUAUGUUAUCAGCUGGUGCGUCGUCAGCAAUCAACUUACCUAUUAUACAAUAGCAACUACCAUAACUAUAAUAAAACAUUGCUAUAAACAGUAGUUCGGUGCUAACUAUCGCAGGGCAGCCCAUUCUCUGCGCCGGCUGCCUAUUAUUUACGCAUAGGCCUAUUGUUGGCGGUCUCUUCUCCGUCCAGGUUCUAUCCUUGCCAGAUCCAUACAUUAAUAGAGCUCGUGUGAGUCGACUUAUUUUAAGUUCAAUACAAAGUAUAGCAGAGCAGCACGCCAAAGCAAGAUUGAUAAUGGGAACGCGUAAUACGUCAACGAAAAACAAACUCAAUCUGAAGCUUCCGCCAAUCGAGCCAUUCGAUCAGCUGCUCGACGAGAAGAUCAAUGAAACGCGACAAAUCGACACGAGUUUGGAAGCACUCCGGCGCACCCUUGAAGGACUCGACAUCGAUGAUCAACAGCGCAAAAGGCUCGAGGCUUUCCUCAGCCAGAAGCAGAAGGUCGGCGAAUUGACCGCGGAAGAUUUCGAGAAUCUCGGAGAGCUCGGCGCUGGCAAUGGAGGCGUUGUUACCAAGGUUUUACAUAAGCCAACAGGCCUAAUCAUGGCCCGGAAAUUGAUUCACCUUGAAGUGAAGCCUGCUAUCCGCAACCAGAUCAUUCGCGAGCUCAAGGUAUUGCACGAGUGCAAUUCGCCACACAUCGUCGGUUUUUAUGGAGCUUUUUACAGCGAUGGUGAGAUAAACGUGUGUAUGGAGUACAUGGACGGUGGAUCUCUCGACCUUGUCCUCAAGAAGGCCGGCCGGAUACCAGAGAAUAUUCUUGGCAAGGUGACAAUCGCCGUUCUAAAAGGUCUCAGCUACCUUCGGGAGAAGCACCAGAUUAUGCAUCGGGAUAUAAAGCCGUCCAAUAUGCUGGUGAACAGCCGCGGAGAGAUUAAGAUCUGUGACUUCGGUGUGAGUGGUCAGUUAAUCGACUCGAUGGCCAAUUCUUUCGUUGGAACGCGUUCCUACAUGUCGCCUGAGCGGUUGCAGGGCACACAUUAUACGGUACAAUCAGACAUCUGGUCGCUUGGCCUCUCUUUAGUAGAGAUGGCGAUCGGACGCUACCCUAUCCCGCCGCCAGACUCCAAGGAAUUGUCAGCCAUAUUUGGGGCGCAAUAUAACCCGCUCGCAAACCCGCAAGACCAGCAGCCGACAACGAUGUCCAUCUUCGAGCUGCUCGAUUAUAUUGUAAACGAAGCUCCACCGACCGUACCCCAGGGCGUCUUUAGCGACGACUUCAAGGACUUUGUAGAUAGAUGUUUAAAACGCAAUCCUAGUGAACGUGGCGAUCUCAAAACUCUCAUGGAUCAUCCGUGGAUCAAGCAGAGCGAACAGGAGAACGUCGACUUCUCGGGCUGGGUUUGUCAGACUGUCGGAGUGAACGAUGCUCAGGCCACGACGCCGCCCGAGUAAAACGCAUGAGACGGAUGGGCGCCAUUUUCAACCGAUGGCACAACGGAGCAACGUCAAGCAAGCUCCGUGUUGAUACUUUAUCGCGGCGGCGCUCGUGCGCAACACAAAAGUAACUACACACGUGAUAUAAAUCUAAAUACGUGCGAGCGCUUAUAUUAGCGUUAACAAACAACAAUACCAGUCACAAAUGCUUUACUAAAGGAUAGUUGGUUGUCGACCGACGAAUUUCUUGCUGCAGCUUCGGCCGCGGCGCCUUCCAUAAGGCGACUGGGGGGCAAUGUUUGCUUUGCAAAAACAAAGAAAAGAAAAACAGAAUGAAGAGAAAAGAAUGAAGGAAAGAAGAAAAGAGAGGUGCUAAAGGAAAACGCAUUCCAAAAAAAAUAAAGAUUAUGAUCAUGUAGCCAUUCUGCUACUUUUCGUCUUGCUUGCACGGCCGGUCAGGGUUACUCUUACAAUGCACGGAAGCGUAGAUCGGUUGACCAGCAGGACCCGCCGGACAGACAUAUUGUAGGAGCGAGAAGAGGCAUACCUUGAAGAAAGCUUCUCCUAUAGUUAUUGAGCUUUGUGAACAAUAACAAUUAUAAACAAAUGAAAUAUAGGAAACGAAUUUUGUAGCUCUUCUCCCUUCCACCAAAUGAGUGUGAAUAGCAAUUAUCGUAGGUUAUGCAUGAAACGUGCUACCAUUAAAAAAACUAGACGAAGAAACACAUCAGAAAUAAAAAAAAAAGUAACAUAAAAAAAACUAACGUAAUGGUUGCUUACGUUAACGACAAAACAACUGGUUCUUCUGUUACUUUCUAUACUGUAUACUCAAAGAUAAGGAACAAUAUGGACGAUGAAAUUUGGAGUGGAUCCUGCGUCACGAGCCUACCCUGUGUUAGUCGCCACUGGAUCCAGGACAAGCAAAACCUCAAAAUACUGAAUCCAGCAUGCAAGCAAGACAACCGCCUAAAGCACAUUUCAUGGUCGCUUGCUCUCUUAUACAUCGCGACUAGCCUUGAUUAAAUGCUGAUGCCCUAGACUUAUUCUAGAAGGGCCAAAACAGUGAGCCCGUUGUUCCCCUACCCACGUUGCCAGGAUAUUAGCGGGCAGAAGGAUAGAAAACAGGACAAUGGUGGUGACAGGGCGAUGGUGGCAAAAAACGAUGAGCUCGUAGCCCAGGGCAGCAUACGGUAUCGACCGGAUCGCCGUCUGACGGUUCAUAAUACGGCCGAAGCUAAUACCGGGCAAGCAAGAACAAAACAAUAAGAAAGAAUGAAGCAAAUUAUCAUAUACUGACUCGACAAUUUUUUAUCCAAAUAGACUCCGAGCAAAAGCACACCAUUCCUUUUGUUUUACAGAAACAAAAUUAUACAAAGAGUGCACGUGUACUUGCUAGAUAAGAUUGGUUUACAAUAUGAGCAUGGGUAUCCGUAGUUCACCAAAUCACUUGACUACCAAAAUCAUUGAGAUAUAGUCAGAAAUAAUUUACCGACAAUGUUGGCAUUGUAUCUGUCCUGCUCUGGAUUUCACAAGUUCGAUUGAGGCUACAAAUGAUGCUAAUAGUAAGGACGGGAGAUCGACAAGAUUAUGCUACACCUACGUUGUUGUGCUAAGGAUAACCCUAUAAAGCCUUUAACGAAUAGUAGCCCAAUGGACCCAACUAAACAAAUCAGAUGCACCAAUUACCCUUUGUAAUUUCCCACUUAGUCCUGUCGGGUUUAGUACGACAUUGACAAACAACGUUUCAUUAUGGAUCAUACAAUCAACAGUUCUUGCCCUAAGAAGGCGAGGACGAGGUAGGUCAAGGGUGAAAUACUUGAAGAGGAGAGGCAGCACCGCCGUGUGCUCCCCUCCACGCCCCCUAGAACAGAAUUUUACAGAAACCAACGCUUACGUUUCGAAUAUGAAAUAAGGCCUCACGAUGGUCAGUGACGAUUGUUGGCUAUUACUGAUCGUUACCAAUUAUCUAAUGGGUGGUGGGGUGUUUUUUUUGGAACCAAGCACAGACGAACACACGCACAUACACACGAAAAAAAAUAUGCACGUGUCCGACACAAACGUACAAUGAUGUUGCUCCCGCAAUCUCUAAUUCUCACCUUAAAGUAUAUACAUAUAUAUAUAUAUAUAUAUUUUGCAAAAAAAAAAUCAUAUAUACAUAUAAACGAGUAUGUGUG